GUCAACCGGCAGGAGGAACGCGGUGGCUGGGCUGAGGCUGUGCGGCGGCGCCCGGAGCAGUUUGGGCAGCGCACGGGGCGAAGAUGGCGGCGGAGCGGCAGGAGGCGCUGAGGGAGUUCGUGGCGGUGACGGGCGCCGAGGAGGACCGUGCUCGCUUCUUCCUCGAGUCGGCCGGCUGGGACCUGCAGAUCGCCCUAGCGAGCUUUUAUGAGGAUGGAGGGGACGAAGACAUUGUGACCAUUUCGCAGGCAACCCCCAGUUCAGUGUCCAGAGGCACAGCCCCCAGUUUCACAGGUAAUGCUGAUGCUCCUGGUCCAAGGACCAGCACUUUGAGAACCACUGCCCAAGAGCAGUACUUGAAAUGUGCUACACAGUGCAUUGGUACCCUGACUGUUCACAGCCAGACCAUGAGCGAUAAUAGGGUGACAUCUUUCAGAGACCUCAUUCAUGACCAGGACGAGGACGAGGAGGAGGAAGAGGGUCAGAGGUUUUAUGCUGGGGGCUCAGAGAGAAGUGGACAGCAGAUUGUUGGCCCUCCCAGGAAGAAAAGUCCCAACGAGCUGGUGGACGAUCUCUUUAAAGGUGCCAAGGAGCAUGGAGCCGUAGCCGUGGAGCGAGUGACCAGGAGCCCUGGAGAGACCAGUAAACCAAGACCAUUUGCAGGUGGUGGCUACCGCCUUGGAGCAGCACCAGAGGAAGAGUCUGCCUACGUGGCAGGAGAAAGGAGGCGGCAUUCCGGCCAAGAUGUGAGUGUCCAUGUAGUGUUGAAACUCUGGAAGAGUGGAUUCAGCCUGGACAAUGGUGAACUCAGAAGCUACCAAGACCCAUCCAAUGCCCAGUUUCUGGAGUCUAUCCGCAGAGGAGAGGUGCCAGCAGAGCUGCGGAGGUUAGCUCAUGGUGGGCAGGUGAACUUGGACAUGGAGGACCAUCGGGAUGAGGACUUCGUGAAGCCCAAGGGAGCCUUCAAAGCCUUCACUGGCGAGGGUCAGAAACUGGGCAGCACUUCCCCCCAGGUGUUGAAUACCAGCUCUCCAGCCCAACAGGCAGAAAAUGAAGCCAAAGCUAGCUCUUCUAUCUCAAUCGAUGAGUCACAGCCUACCACAAACAUCCAAAUACGGCUUGCCGACGGCGGGAGGCUGGUGCAGAAGUUUAACCACAGCCACAGGAUCAGCGAUAUCCGACUCUUCAUCGUGGAUGCCCGGCCAGCCAUGGCUGCCACCAGCUUUGUCCUCAUGACUACUUUCCCAAACAAAGAGCUGGCUGAUGAGAGCCAGACCCUGAAGGAAGCCAACCUGCUCAACGCCGUCAUCGUGCAACGGUUAACAUAACCGCCCGGCCCUACCAGCAACCUCAUCUCCCUCCUGUGUCUCCCGCGGCCAGCUGCCCCAUGGGGACCGCCCCUCCACCCCCUCCCGCACACCCAGCAGUCCAGUGCCACGCCUCCUCCGUAGCUCUGGGUUCUUAGAUCUCAGUUGGACAUUUGUUUUCUCCUUAGUUGCAUUUCCUGGUUUUUUGUGACGAUCAAUGGACUUUAAAGAAAAAAUAAAAAUAACCAAAAAAAUUGAAGGAA